GAUUCCCAGGCUCCGCAGGUGACUCGUGGGACUUCCUGACCUCACAGGCAAAACUUGACCCCCCUCCGGGGGGCGGGGCUGCAAGCACCCUGGGUAGACCCGGGUGCCCGAAGGUCGCUGAGUCUUGCCCCUCUCCGGCCGGGGACGCGCUAUGGGACUACUGAUCGCCAAGCUGAUGAGCAUCUUCGCGAACCAGGAGCACAAGGUCAUCAUCGUGGGACUGGACAAUGCGGGAAAGACCACCAUUCUCUACCAGUUCCUGAUGAAUGAGGUGGUCCAUACAUCUCCCACCAUCGGUAGCAACGUGGAGGAGAUUGUUCUGCAAAAGACACACUUCCUCAUGUGGGACAUAGGGGGACAGGAGGCUCUGCGCUCUACCUGGAACACGUACUACUCCAACACUGAGUUCAUCAUCCUUGUGAUUGACAGCACGGACCGGGAUCGGCUGCUGACCACUCGGGAGGAGCUGUACAGGAUGCUGGCCCAUGAGGCUCUGCGAGAUGCUUCCGUCCUGAUCUUUGCCAACAAGCAGGAUAUGAAGGACUCCAUGACCACCGUGGAAAUCUCUCAGUUCCUCACUCUUAGUGCCAUCAAAGACCACCCGUGGCACAUACAGGGAUGCUGUGCCCUCACUGGGGAAGGGCUGCCCGCGGGGCUCCAGUGGAUGCAGUCUCAGACCACUGCCAACUGAUGUCCCAGGCUGAGGCCAUCCAAAUACUUUGGGGGUUUUGCUUGGACUACGUGGGUGGAAAGCCCAAGUGACUAUUCCUUUUCUACGAUUCUCGGAAUGGAGCUGGGUCGGCUAUGGACAGUGACGUGAGAUUGCCACAGUCCACCCAACCCUGUGAGCUUGACUGCAAGCCCUGAAUUGCUGUAGACAGGACAGCAGAAAAGCUGCCCUUUCCUCCGUGGAAGCAGGUGUCCUUGGAGGCACCAGGCAAGCUGUCGGACAUGUUGAGGGAUUAGGACGUGGAGCCCAGUCCCCUUGGCCUGCAGCCUCUUUGAGGAAAAAAUGGGGGGGGGGGGCGGAGUAAGAGACCCCCUGGAAUUGCUCUUUAUUUCCUAGAACCCCACCCCCGGCCCCUUGGCUCCCACCCCAGCUCUCUGGCCCCUCAGCCAUGUUUGAGGAAAGGAGAUUCCAGAGAGGUGAAGGGGCGGGCUCAAGGGAAGGAGGGCAAAGCCAAAAACUGGUGGGAAGGGAGAGGGAGGAGGACGGGACACCCCAGACAGGGACAGUCCCUUGCAUGGCGGGGAGUCCCACUCCUCCCAGGCCUUUCUGUUCCCUCUGAGAUGCUGGCUCUGACCACAGCUUGUGAGCGUUCAGCCAUCUCAUCCUAUGCCCUUCAUUCCCGGUCCUUCCAAUGUGAAUCCCAUUCCUCCCAAAUUUCCCUGAUUCCUACAGAGUGCCUAUCUUGACCAUCUUUUGUAAUGAAUUUUUUCCACAUUGUUUUAGAAUUUUUAUAAAAGUGUAAUAAAUGCCAUUGAAAACUGCU